AUGCGCGUCAGGACGUUUGGGGCGCAGUUGACGAUUAUAUCGGUUCUCGCUGUUGCUGUUGCGGUUUUGUCGUGGCUCGCUGCUCGAGCAUUGAACAUAUCGGUCUCUUCUGCAAAGGUGCAGAGUCAGCUGGGGAGAGUCCUCGGUGGUGUAGCAGAACGCGUUGGGCGAAGUGGUGCAUUGAGCAGUCUAUCCAGUCGUGUUGUGACGGGAGAGGCUAUCGCAAGGAAUUCGAGGAUCACGUUGAACGGAUCAGAUAUGGGAGGGACGAGAACGCCGGUAUAUUUUCUGAGUCAUGGCGGGCCCAACGUCAUAUACCAGACAGACCAUCCCGCCUAUGGCAAGCUGGGCGAGAUUGGCAAGGAGAUUACUUCCAAAGUGCAACCAAAAGCCGUCGUCGUCUUUUCUGCGCAUUGGCAAGGCGAGCCGGACACGGUCCUUGUUAAUACCGCUGAGAUGACUGAUUUGAUUUAUGAUUUCUACGGCUUCCCUGCACAUUAUUACGACGAAAAGUUUCCCAACGUCGGCAGCAAAUCGCUCGCAGAAAACAUCUUGAAUCGUCUUCGCGACGCCGGGAUCAGAGCCCGAGGCGUAACCAGAGGGUUAGAUCAUGGCGUCUGGGCGAGUUUCAAAUGUGCAUUCAAUCCGCAAAAGAACCCGCUGAAUGUCCCCAUUGUGCAAGUCUCGCUGUUCGGCUCGGAAGAUCCGGCCAGCCAUGUCGCGUUGGGGCGUGCGGUCUCGGCGCUCCGUGAAGAGGGCGUUGUGGUUAUUGUUUCAGGCAUGGCGGUGCAUAAUCUGCGUGAUCUGAGACUUACAUGGGGCGAUCCCACGCCGCUGCCGUAUACGUCUAGUUUCGAUGAGGCGGUUCGCGAGGCUGUCGAAGGACGAAAAGCCAGCGAGAAGUCGUUGAAACAUGCGAGUGGGCAAGAAGUCACGGAAGGAAGUACGGAGAUGAUGACGGACGAAAUGGUGACUGCACGCGAAGACCGUAUGAAACGAUUGCUUCGCAGGACGGAUGCUCGACAGGCGCAUCCGACUUUUGACCAUUUACUGCCCCUCUACGUCGGUGCUGGCGCUGCAGGACAUGAUCAAGGAAAGCGAGUCUGGACCCUGACGGAGGGAAGUAUGAGCUGGGGCAUGUAUAAGUUUGGAGAGGUAGCGUAG